AUGGAAGACAUAUCAUGCUCACCCUUCCGCUCCCAUUCCCAAUUCAGCUACCGCCACCUCCAACUCCUACGCGCAUUCUCCCCACGCACACCCCUCCGCGUAAUCGCCCAUAUCGACCUCGAUGCCUUCUAUGCACAAUGUGAAAUGGUCCGGCUCAAAACCCCUCGCACGCAGCCCCUCGCCGUCCAGCAGUGGGAGUCACUCAUCGCAGUGAACUACGCCGCGAGGCCGUUUGGCAUUUCACGCAUGAUCACCGCGAAGGAGGCAAAAAACAAAUGCCCGGAGCUUAUGGCGGUGCAUGUGGCAACGUUUAGAGAGGGCGAGGGCGGGAAAUGGGCGUACAGGGAAGAUGGUGACCAUGAUGUGGCUACGGAUAAGGUCUCGCUGGACCCGUAUCGGGCGGAGUCGAGAAAGAUACUGGGGAUGGUUGGGGAUGGGCUGAUGGAGUGGGCAGAAAGGGUUGAUCCACGCGGCUUUGGGGAGCGGGACGGGAAAAAAGACAAGGGUUGGGAAUAUAUGGUCAGGGUUGAAAAGGCUGGAAUUGAUGAGGUCUUUGUCGAUAUGUCUGCCCUGGUAUGGGCAACGCUCAUGGAAAGAUAUCCCAUGUUACGGCAGACAGAGGAUUCCCAGGAUAUGAAUGAAUAUCUGCCACGCCCCCCCAGUACCGCGCUUGAGUGGUUCAAAGAGGAUGAACUGGUUGAUUUGGAUGACGGGGAGACCGAAGAAGAUGAUCCGGACUGGGAUGAUGUGGUUAUGCUUGUUGGCGCAGAAAUUGCUCGAUCUGUCCGCCAGAUGAUCUGGGAACGUUUGGGUUACACUUGCUCUGCGGGCAUUGCACAGAAUAAAAUGAUGGCCAAAUUAGGAAGUGCUUGCCAUAAGCCUAAUAAACAGACCAUUGUGCGAACUCGCGCUGUUCAACAGUUUCUCGGUGGCUAUAAAUUCACCAAAAUCAGAAUGCUUGGUGGGAAGCUGGGGAAGCAUAUUGCCUCAAUAUUCGAAACUGAAAAUGUUGGUGAACUACUGAAGUUUUCGCUUGAGCAGUUCAAAGCAAAGCUCGAUGAUGACACUGCUAUGUGGCUGCACGAAAUCAUUAGAGGCAAUGAUCAUAGCGAAGUGAACCCGCGAACAGAGAUUAAGUCUAUGCUGUCCACGAAAUCCUUUCGUCCAGGUAUCAAAUCUUUGGAGCAAGCUGAAAAAUGGUUACGGAUCUUUGUCGCUGAAAUAUACGGGCGGCUCGUAGAAGAAGGCGUAUUGGAGAAUAAGCGGCGGCCAAAAGUACUCACCAUCCAUCAUAGGUUCAAUGGACAGACCAAGUCUCGCCAGAUACCAAUCCCGUCUACUAUGCCAAUUGAUGAAGAGUCGCUGCUUUGUCUAGCUACACGAUUGCUAAAGCAGAUUGCGAGUGAGGGCAAUAUAUGGCCUUGUGCCAACUUUUCUGUCAAUGUGAGUGCAUUUGAGGACGGCAUUUCUAAAAAUCAGAGGCUUGAUGGGUUUUUUACACGCGCGGCAUCGUCCGACAAGAUGUCAGUGAUACCUCAGCGACAUCAACUAAAAGAUGACCAUGAGCCCAGCGAGACGCAACGAAGCAAGAUGAGAAAACUCGAACAUGGAGAUAGCGAUGGUUCUCCAGAAGCCCCACAAGAGUACCAGGCAAGGCUACCUUCGGAAAGCAUUAUUGGCAAAAAUGUCGUAUCCAACGACGAUCUAUCACCGACCGAACUUGACACGUUCUCCUGCUCCCGGUGUAACAAGCCUAUACCCACAGUCGAAAUUGAUGAACACCAGGACUGGCAUUUUGCGAAAGAUUUGGAGUCACAGGAUAGGAGGUCAUUGCAUUUCGAGAACAUGAACCGUGGUCUUGUCAAAACUGGAGGGAAACGACAGAGCCGAUUGGCGUUUGGGUGA